AUGAUUGAGACGUUAGACAAGUUCGGACUCGCGCACUGCGACCUGCCGACCAUGAUGUGGAAUGUCGCGGUGAUGCUGCGAGUUGUGGCAGUGAAGAUCGAGGGAGGCGCCAAAUCAAUCUCAGUAUUCUUCUACCUGUUCGCGACGGUGAACAUAGUGCUAUAUUUCUUCAACUACUACGCGUCGAUGCUGGUGUUCGUGUUGGUGGGGUGCCGCGAGUCGGGGGACAUGCUGGCCGGCAUCAUGGUAAUCUCCAUCAGCAUGAACAGCCUCAUCGGCAUCAACAAGCUCUUCUACAUUUACACACACCAAGACAAAGUGCAAUCAUUGGUGGCCGAUUACAUAGCGUACGACCGCGUGACUGCGUGGCCCGGCACCACGGCCCUAAUGGCCGCGCUCAUGAGGAAUGUCAAGACCAGGCUGAUAUUAUUCUGGGCCGUCACCAUGGGCAACGCCUUCAUCUUCAAUCUGCAGCCACUUGUGAUGCCGUCGAGGCUCAAUUUGUAUGAUAAACAUGUGGUCUAUGGUUUGAAAUUUAUCCUGAAUAUAACGAACUACCCGUUUGCUGUAGCCAAUAUAGUUGCCUGUACCUUCUUCAUCUGCUACAUAACCUCAAGCAUCGGCGGCCUUCUCAUCGUAACCUGCGGCUAUAGUGAAGUAAGACUCCUGACCCUUAGUCAAGAAAUGCGAGAUCUCUGGAGCGAUGCCCAUAAGCACUACAGUGAGAAUUUUGAAGGAGAUAGUCAUGACAAACACGCAGCAAAAGAAUUGAAUAAUUACAUAAACUAUCGCUUGCAAGCCAUAGUUAAAAGCCACGCGAUUAAUAUUGAUAUUGUAAAGAAACUCGAAGGUCUAUUCCGAAACGCAAUCGCAGUAGAAUUUAUCCUGCUCACAGCAGGCCUUAUUGUUGAUCUCCUGGGAGGUCUGGGCGACACUUAUAUAAUCUUGCCUUUCUCCAUAAUGCAAGUUAGUAUGGACUGCUACUUGGGGCAAAAGCUGAUGGACGCAAGCAAGGUUUUCGAGAAUGCUAUCUACGAUUGUAAGUGGGAGAAUUUCGAUGUUAAAAAUAGGAAGACGGUGCUGUUAACUCUGAUGAUGUCUCAGAGAAUUCUCUCUCUGUCGGCCGGCGGCGUGGCCACGCUCAGCUUCGAAUGUUUAAUGGCCAUGUAUAAAGCUGUGUACUCCGCUUAUACAGCUUUACGAUCAACAAUGGAGUAA